UUAGUUCACGUAAAAAUAUAAUAUUAAAUGAUUAUACGAAUUGCAGAGGAGAAAGUGGAGAGAAGAAAGUUCAUAAGAGAAAGCGGGAAUCUUAAAACUUUUCGAUUUCUUAAAUUUUAUUUGAGAAAUUGAGCAAUGGAGAACAACGAGGAGAGGAAGCAGAACGAAGUUGUUGCAAUUGAGCUUCCGGCUCCUCCUGGCUGGAUUAAGAAGUUCAUUCCGAAGAAAGGUGGUACACCUAGGAGGAAUGAUAUAGUAUUCACCGCCCCCACAGGAGAAGAGAUCAAGAAUAAGAGACAGUUGGAUCAGUACCUUAAAUCUCAUCCAGAAGGACCUUCAGCUGCUGAGUUUGAUUGGGGUACAGGUGACACCCCAAGGCGUUCUUCAAGGUUAAGCGAGAAAUCAAAAAUGCAGGAGGUACCAGAAAUUGAAACUCCCAAAAAGAAACAAAAGAAAGUCAGUGAAAAGAAGGAAGCAGAGGAGAAAGAUGAUGCUGAUGGAGUGGAGGGUAAUGAUGACAAGGAUGCUGCUGCUGAAGAAACUAAAGUAGGGCCUGAAGUAUCUAUGGCUGAUGCAGAAAAUGCUGGGGAUGAUGAUGGUGGAGAGUUUACUACUGACAGUGCUCUCCCUGACAAGCAUAAUACUGAAGAUGAGGAACCUCCUGCAGCUGAUGAUGUGAUUGAUGCAAUCACCGAAAAGGUGGAUGCUAAAGUUGAGGAAUUCAAGGAUGCAACUCCUGAGGUGGCAGGUUUGAAGGUUGAGGAAUCAAAGAAUGCAACUGCUGAGGUGGAAAGUGCAAAGGUUGAGGAACUCAAGGAUACAACAGCAGACGUGGCUGGUGCAAAGGUUGAGAAGUCUAAGGAUUGGACUAAUGAAAUAGCAGACAUGAAGAUUGACGAAUUAAAGGGUGAGGACCAUGCUGAAAAAGAGCUUUUGGACGGGAAGGUCAAUGGUGCAGAAGCAUCUGCAGCAGGUAAUGAUGAGUCAAAGGAUAAUCAAGAAAAAGAAAAUAUCCCCUGAAUGACCCGAUCUUUGAACUAGGAACAGGAAGUAAUAACAGCAUCUCAAGUUUCUAAACUUUUUGAAAGUUUCGCGUUGUAUUCUCACCGGUGCAUUUAUCUUUCAGAUAUGGUUCUAACCAGCAAUUGUAGAUCUGUUCUGCAAAUUACUGUUAGGAAUCCUUGGAGUAAUUGAUUGGUGUUGAUAUUAACAGUGUCCACAUCAUCAAUUUAGUUGAAGCUCUGUAGUUUCUUGAUAUUCAAUAGACAUUUGUAGUCUAAAUCUGUACUUCAUCUAUGCAUCUUAUGUGGAUUUGAAUAUACUGAGCAGAUGGUGGUUAAUGGAUCUAAAACUUUUAGUUGCAUUUA